UGUGGUUGGCUGAAUAGAUAUCCAAAACCGAAUUGCCUCUCCACUCUCCCGCAAACAUUGACUUCUUCUCCCGAAUUCUUAUCCACUAUGCUCAUUUGUCCAUGGUUUGUCCGACAUUUCCGCUUUCAAUCUCGCUUCACACCCUAUAAAUAUGACUUAAGUAUUCUUCAUUCUUUAUCUCCUUCAAUCGCUUAAUUUCUCCUUCAAUCGCCAUUUGCUCUGAAAAGUGAAGUUCCCACUUUGAUAAACCAAUAAAAAGAUUAUAGUCUUUUGCAUCUUUGAGGCAAUUUAUCAAGCGCUAAAAUGGCAUUUAUAGGGUCAGUUCCUUUUAUUCUUAAAACCAAAACAGAAAGUUCUCUCUUUCUCCAUCGCAAGAAUCAGCAUCGAUCAAGAUUCCUCGUUUCCGCAUAUAGACCAAUAAGGUCUUUGAGUUUACCUGUUUCUAAUGGUGUGUUAUCUUUGAGAUUUAAGCCUGUGAGAGCAACUGGUAAAGAAGGUUUUAGUGGUGAUGGCUCAAAGGAUACACUUCAGGCCACCAUUGAGAAAAGCAAGAAAGUUCUUGCUAUGCAAAGGGACCUCCUUCAGCAGAUUGCUGAAAGAAGGAAAUUGGUGUCUUCUAUAAAAAGUAGCACUGUUGACCAUGAAGAAGACGGAACUUUUCAUGAACAGGAGAGCUCUUUGCCAAAUUCAGACAAUACUUCAACUAGUGAUGUGAAUAUACUUGAACAACAAAAUAGCAGUGUUCUUCCAAGUAGCAAUGUCCAUUCAAUUGUGGAUGAAGUACCAGAAAUUCCAUCUUCAGCUAGUAGUAGAGUUUAUGCUAAAGAUGAAAAGGAACUUGAACAACACAUAUCUCCUAAAACAUCUUCCUCUGCCAAGAAUUCAACCAAAGAGUUCAAAGAUAUGAAUUCAGAGAAAUUUGGGUCAGAUGAGAUGCCAUCUUUUCUUUCAAACACCUCAGAAAUUUCCACUAUAAAUGAUGAAAAUACUGAAAGUAGCACUAUUGACUUUGAAGGUUCAAAUGAAUCAACUUUACCUAAGGUUGAUAAUGUUGAAAGUGAUCCUAUGACUGAAUACACAAAAGCCCCUCCUUUGGCUGGGGCCAAUGUUAUGAAUGUUAUUUUGGUAGCUGCAGAAUGUGGUCCAUGGUCCAAAACAGGUGGCCUUGGAGACGUUGCUGGGUCUUUACCGAAGGCUUUAGCUCGGCGUGGACAUCGGGUUAUGGUUGUGGUACCUCGGUAUGGUAACUAUGCUGAACAACAGGAUACUGGAGUUCGAAAGAUUUAUAAAGUGGAUGGUCAGGAUUUUGAAGUAACAUACUUCCAAGCCUUCAUUAAUGGGGUUGAUUUCGUAUUCAUUGACAGUCCUAUGUUUCACCACAUAGAGAAUAAUAUAUAUGGAGGAAACAGAGUAGAUAUUUUAAAGCGGAUGGUACUAUUUUGCAAAGCUGCUGUUGAGGUCCCUUGGUAUGUCCCAUGUGGUGGAGUCUGCUAUGGGGAUGGAAAUUUGGCUUUCAUUGCAAAUGAUUGGCAUACAGCAUUGUUACCAGUGUAUCUGAAGGCAUAUUAUCGAGACAAUGGUUUAAUGCAAUAUACAAGAUCUGUUCUUGUGAUUCAUAACAUCGCUCACCAGGGUCGGGGGCCAGUGAAUGAUUUCUCUUAUGUGGAUCUACCAGAACACUACAUUGACCUCUUCAAACUGUAUGACCCUGUUGGUGGCGACCACUUCAAUAUCUUUGCAGCUGGAAUUAAGACAGCAGAUCGUGUGGUUACUGUUAGUCAUGGAUAUGCCUGGGAGCUUAAAACGUCUGAAGGUGGUUGGGGUCUACACAAUAUCAUAAAUGAGAAUGACUGGAAAUUGAGGGGCAUAGUUAACGGGAUUGAUACAAAAGAAUGGAACCCGCAGUUUGAUGUUCACCUGACAUCAGAUGGUUAUACUAACUACUCCCUGGAAACACUUGAUACUGGCAAGCCUCAGUGCAAAGCAGCCUUACAGAAGGAGCUUGGUUUGCCCAUCCGUCCAGAUGUCCCUGUUAUUGGGUUCAUUGGAAGGUUGGAUCAACAAAAAGGUGUUGAUCUCAUAGCUGAAGCAGUUCCCUGGAUGAUGGGUCAGGAUGUGCAGCUAGUCAUGUUGGGCACUGGCAGACAGGACUUAGAAGUGAUGCUUAGAAAAUUUGAAAGCCAACAUAAUGACAAAGUAAGGGGAUGGGUUGGUUUUUCUGUGAAGACAUCUCACAGGAUAACAGCUGGUGCAGAUAUUUUGCUCAUGCCUUCGAGAUUUGAGCCUUGUGGGCUGAACCAGUUAUAUGCUAUGAUGUAUGGGACAGUUCCCGUUGUACAUGCUGUUGGUGGACUGAGAGACACAGUGCAAUCUUUUGAUCCAUUUAAUGAGUCAGGGCUUGGGUGGACAUUUGAUAGUGCUGAAUCAAAUAAAUUGAUAAAUGCAUUAGGGAACUGCUUGCUUACUUACCGGCAGUACAAGAAGAGCUGGGAAGGACUGCAGAGACGAGGGAUGAUGCAAGACCUCAGCUGGGACCGUGCUGCUGAAAGUUAUGAGGAGGUGCUUGUUGCUGCCAAGUACCAGUGGUAAGCGGGGGUGGUUUUCCAUUUUUUUUUUGCUUUCUGUAUCCACUUGACCCAAAUGCUAUUGGAGAAUGGACCAGUAUGUCUAGAUAAAUAUGGUAGAAUUAAGCAGGCAAGUUACCUUUUAUUGUCUGCUAUUUAGCUCAUAUGCAAGCUAACUCUGAUUCAGUAGUUGUAAUCCUUUCUGGUUUCGUCAACAUUGGCAGAAAAUGAUUUGAUUUGAAUGUGAUAACCAAUUUUUUAUUA